AUGAGCUACCCCAAGAAGAAGAAAGGUUAUUCUGAUGUGGAGCUCCCGACGAACCCUAACUUGCCAGCAUGGAUAAUAACACCUAAAGAAGAGAAAGCAAUUUUUGAACGCUGGAGAAAGAAAGCGUUUGCUCAAUGUGAUGAGCUAAUCAGGAGAUAUAUCGAGUGCUCAAACCUGUAUGCUAACCCACUUGAGGCUAUUGAGAAAUGUAAACCAGCCAAUCAAGCCAGUUUGGAUUGUGUAGCUCAAUACCAAAAACGAGAGUAUUUGGAUCAAGAACGGGAUUUAUUCAUAAAAGAGAAGAUCGAAAAGAAGAAGUUGUACAAGCAAAAGUUAAAGGAGUUGCAGGAACAACAAGAAGGUAAAGAGAUAUGA